UGUAAGAGUUACGUGAAAUUCAAAUCUGUAAUAAGCUGGAAAAUAUUUUAACAUUAAAGCUUCGAUUGAUUCCCCUCCCAAAAUGCUGGAGAAAAUCGCGGAGAUGUCGCAAUUGAAACAUGUACUUCGAGAGUUUCCUAGAAAUAUGAAAUUUUGCUUCGCUUAUGGAUCAGGUGCAUUCAAACAGGCUAAUAAUGAUGGCAAUAACAUGUUGGAUCUCAUAUUUGUUGUACGUAAUGUCAACAAAUGGCAUGCGGAGAACUUGAUAAAUAAUCCCAAGCAUUAUGCUCAACCGUUGAGAUUUCUUGGCUCCAAAGCAAUUACAAGUGUGCAGGAGAGAUCGGGUGCUAAAAUAUUUUAUAACACAUUGGUCAGAACGAAUCAAGGUCAACUCAUUAAAUAUGGAGUGAUUUCUGAGGUUUCGUUGGUGGAAGAUUUAUUAGAUUGGAAUGAUUUGUACUUGGCAGGAAGAUUACAUAAACCGGUUAAAGUAAUUGUGGAACCGGAUGAAAAUUCUCAACUGCGCACUGCUCUGGUGCAGAAUUUGCAUUCAGCUGUACACGCAGCCUUGCUGUUGCUUCCUGAGCAUUUUACAGAAGCCGACUUCUUCAAAAUCACCAGCUUGUCCUACCAUGGUGAUUUUCGCAUGAUCUUUGGCGAAAACAAAGAUAAGAUCAGUAAUAUUGUGCUACCACAAUUGCAACAUUUUAAGCACUUGUAUGAACCAAUUUUGAAACAUUUUGAUAGUUAUAUAGAUAUUCCAAAGUCAGAUCACAUGACUGUUACCUGUCACCAAGAUGUCAAUCCAGCGACUAAAAUUCUUCAUUUAAAUCAUUUACCCAGAACACCACAGGUUAAAUUAGUCAGAGCGUGGUCUCAGGGUCCAAGAUCAAAAGAUACAGAAGAUUGUUUGCGCGCUAUAGCGCACGAUCCAGAAUGCUGUGAGAUAUUGGAGCAAUGUUUGAAAGAAAUUGUUUGGAGAUCUAGUGUGACGCAAAGCUUAAAAGGGAUCUUAACGGCAGGACUUGUUAAAUCUGUUAAAUAUAGCAGCGCCAAAAUAAUCAAGAUGUUACAAUCUCCCUUGGAUUCUCCCAUUGCUGUUCUAGCUAAACCUUCUCUGUCUGAGUCGAGUAAAAUUGAUAAAAUCGUUGAAACUGUUGUAAAGAAAACAGAAACACAAAAGGAUGCUGAAAAGCGCGUUGAAUAAUUAUGUGUGAUUUUCUCAGAAAAAGAUUAUUUAUGAUAUACAUAUAUACAUACAUACAUAUAUACAUAUAUAUAUUUGUAAAUUCUUAACGAAACUUGUAUCACAAAUAAAAUGGAUAGUUAUGAUCAA